ACGCCCUUCUCUUCUCAUCAUCGGAUUCAGAAAUCAAUCUCUUCUCUGCUUAAAAGCAUUCGUCAUCUCUCUCGAAAAUCUCUCUUGCUUCAUCAUCGUCAUCAUCAAGCUCUGAAAAGAUGCAGAUCUUCGUCAAGACCCUGACCGGCAAGACCAUCACGCUCGAGGUGGAAAGCUCUGAUACAAUAGACAACGUCAAGUCCAAGAUACAGGACAAGGAAGGUAUCCCUCCUGACCAGCAGAGGCUCAUCUUCGCCGGCAAGCAGCUCGAAGACGGUCGCACCCUGGCCGACUACAACAUCCAGAAAGAGUCGACGCUCCAUCUCGUCCUGAGGCUCCGCGGAGGUAUGCAGAUAUUCGUCAAGACCCUGACCGGCAAAACCAUCACGCUCGAGGUGGAGAGCUCCGACACCAUCGACAACGUCAAGGCCAAGAUACAGGACAAGGAAGGCAUCCCUCCGGACCAGCAGAGGCUCAUCUUCGCCGGGAAGCAGCUCGAAGACGGCCGCACCCUCGCCGAUUACAACAUUCAGAAGGAGUCGACGCUCCAUCUCGUCCUGAGGCUCCGUGGCGGCAUGCACAUCUUCGUCAAGACCCUGACUGGGAAGACGAUCACGCUGGAGGUGGAGAGCUCGGACACGAUCGACAACGUGAAGGCGAAGAUUCAGGACAAGGAGGGGAUCCCGCCGGAUCAGCAGCGGCUCAUCUUCGCCGGGAAGCAGCUGGAGGACGGUCGCACGCUCGCCGAUUACAAUAUCCAGAAGGAGUCGACCCUCCAUCUCGUGCUGCGGUUGAGGGGAGGCAUGCAGAUCUUCGUGAAGACCCUGACCGGGAAGACGAUCACGCUGGAGGUGGAGAGCUCGGACACGAUCGACAACGUGAAGGCAAAGAUUCAGGAUAAGGAGGGCAUCCCGCCGGAUCAGCAGCGACUCAUCUUCGCCGGGAAGCAGCUGGAGGACGAACGCACCCUCGCCGAUUACAAUAUCCAGAAGGAGUCUACCCUGCACCUUGUUCUGCGCCUCCGCGGUGGCGACUUCUGAAGAGACGGGCAUGUUCCCUUUGUGAUAAAGUCAGGAAGUCCUCGCAGUCGUCUUGUGAUUUCACCUGGUGUUAUGGUGCUUUAAAGAGUCCAUUUUCCAGUAGUAUAAGCUCGUUCUGGUGUAGUUUUUUUUUCUUUAAUGUGAACCGUGAAUGAAUGAAUGAACCUUAAAAUAAGUACAACUUCAUUUUCUCUCUC